UACUGUGUGAGCUGUGAUUGGUCACAGCUUGUCACAUGGUACAAGGCUGUUGUGAAUAGCCUUGUACCAUGUGACCUCUGUGAUCAGAGAUUUCACAUGUAGUAGGCAAUGAUGUCACAAGUAACAUCUUGCUUACUACUCUGCAUGUGAUCACGGAUUGGCCAAUCAGUGAUCACAUGAUCAGGACCUCGCACAGAGGGAGCACGCACAAGCAGGGUGCGGGGAGGCUGUUUAUAAACGGCCACCCGACCCUGCACUGCCACCGUCUGGCCGUUUAUAUACAACGGUCAGAUGGGGGGUGGUUAAGGAAAGGACAUUCACAUAGUGAACGAAGACCCUCUAUGGGGGAAUAU